GCCGUGGUCCCAGACUCUAGGUCUUGCUAGAGAUCAUGGCCAAAUUCGUGAUCGCGGGGAAAGCAAACUGCCCUUACUACGCCAAGGCAGAACUCCUGGCAGACUAUUUGCAAAAGAAUCUUCCUGAUUUUCGGAUUUUUAAAAUCACAAAGCAUCCUGAUGUGUGGGAGGAGUGGCUAGAAGACAUUUGUGAAAAGAAUAAAUGGGACCACAGCACCUCCCCCAUUAUCUGGAGAGAGCUACUGGACCGUGGAGGCAAGGGCUUGCUUUUGGGAGGAUACAAUGAAUUCCUGGAGCACGCCCAGCUUUACUAUGGUGUCACUUCCAGCAUGACAACGGACCUGAUGAUGCUCAUUGCUAAAGAGAACCUGGAGGCACAUAUAGAAGAAGAGGUGGAGAAAAAAACCCUGAAAGAUCUCAUCACCCCCCUGCAGGUCUGGAUUGCCAGCGCGAGCAAUACUGCAUGCUACCACAUAAUCCCCAUCUUGCUAAGUGGAGAAGUGUUUGGAAUGCACAGAGAGAUCAGCCUGACCCUGUUUGACCGGGAGCAGAUGGAAAGCUACCUGGAAAGCUUAGUGGUGGAAAUUGAGGACUUGGCAUCGCCCAUCCUCCGCAGCAUCUCCCUCUGCACCAACACGGAGGAUGCCUUCCUCGGGGCCCAAGUCAUCGUCAUCCUGGAUGACAGCACAGACGAGGAAGUGUGCACCCUGGAGAGCUGCCUGAGAAGCCGGGUGCCACUGUGCCGCCUCUACGGUUACCUGAUGGAAAAAAAUGCUCACGAGUCCGUCAAGGUCAUCGUGGGCGGGAAAACCUUUGUGAAUCUUAAAACAGCCUUGCUUAUGCAAUAUGCCCCUAAUAUCGCGCACAACAUCAUUGCGGUGGCUCUGGGGGUGGAAGGCCAAGCAAAAGCAAUGGUGGCCCGGAAGAUGAAAACAACCCCAGCCAGCAUCAAAGAUGUAAUAAUUUGGGGUAAUAUCAGUGGAAAUAACUACGUUGAUCUGAGGAAAGCCAAAGUUUAUGACUAUGACUGUGCUAUUAAGGGACCUCCUGGAUAUUGUCACCCAGUGUUAAACUUGAUUUUUGACAGUGAGUGGGUAACGAAAGAGUUUGUGAUGAGGCUUCGGAACUUGAGCAGCACUGGAAAGGAAUUUGGGGGCAUUUUGGCUGCACACAGCAUAGCCACCACACUGAAGUACUGGUAUCAUGGCUCACCACCUGGAGAGAUUGUUUCCUUGGGGAUAAUGAGUGAAGGCCAAUUUGAUAUUCCAGAAGGGGUCGUGUUCUCUAUGCCUGUGAAAUUUGAGAACGGAAUGUGGGUAGUUCUUACAGACCUUGAGGGCGUUUCGCUGAGUAAGCAGAUAAUAAACUGGCUCACGGAUGAUCUGAUUCAGGAAAAACGUGUUGCAUUUGGAGACUUAAUAACUUUUCAGCCAGUUAAAGAAGAACGUAAGGAUAGCAUACAUUCCAACAUGAGCUCAUCUGAAGAAAAGGAACCAGCAGUGUCAGACGACUCCGAGGGAAAAACUGGGGACCAACAAUAGCUCCAACCAGACCAAAUACAAAGGAAUUGAAAUUGUAUGAAAUAAAGACCCCUGAGUGUCUGCAUUAGGGAAGAGCAAUUAAACAGCAGUUAAG